AUGUGGAUCCUACUCCUCUUCAUUCCCCUGGCGUUGUGUCAACAACCCUGGGUGCCGUGUUCCGAGCUAAACGAUGAUCUUCGCUACCCCUGCCGAUGCAAAGUUCAAGUGGACAGAGCCCUUCAAUUACGAAUACUGAUGAACUGUGACCAUGUGGUGUUCUCUGGUGAUUUCCCUCCCCUGCCGUAUGGUGCACCUAUUGUGGCUUUCAGCCAGCGAUGGGCAGGACAACAGUCUUUGCCAACACAGAUUUUCUCGUCUUAUGGCUUACCAAUGAAGGAGCUGGAUUUCUCCCACAACAGCCUACGAAGGUUACCAGAUCGUUUAUUAUCUGGGAUCAAAGGCAACCUGACUAAAUUGGUGUUAGCUGAUAACUUGCUAGGUGAUAACCUGAACCCAAUAUUCUCGACUGCAGAGCUUCACAACUUACCAUCUAUGGAAGAGUUGGAUCUCAGCGGAAAUAACAUCAGAGGGCUGGAAGAGGGCCUACUAAUUGGGUGCAAUGUUAUGAAAAUACUCCGUCUGGAUCGCAACAAUAUGAUCUCCAUACCAUCUACCUCUCUCAACGGACCGCUUUCAUUAAAACUUCUCUCGCUCAGGGAAAACAGAAUAGCUCUACUUCGGCACGCCUCAUUCCUCUCACAGAAGACCAUCGAAGAAAUCGACCUGCACGGGAACACGAUCUCAAGUAUCGAAGGAGGGGCCUUUAUUAGCCUGACUAAACUCCAAACUUUGGAUUUAGGCCGUAACAAGCUCUCAAAGUUCAAUAGCGACGUGUUUCAGGGCAUAGAAAACUUAGAGAAGUUGGACCUUUCUGAGAACUUCAUAACUGACUUCCCUACAGUCGCACUUAAAACCUUUACGGGCCUUAAGCACCUGAAUCUGUCGAGUAAUAUGAUCACGAAUUUAGACAAUAGUCAUCUCAACUCUCUCUCGUCCCUGCAAGUGCUUGACUUGAGUCGAAAUAAUAUUGUAAAGCUUUCUCCUGGAACUUUUGUCGGUGUGAGUGAGCUACGCUAUUUGGACAUUGGCGUGAACUCUUUGAGAACUGUUGAAGACGACGCAUUCGAUGGACUCAUUAACCUCCAGACGCUGUUACUACGCGAUAACAACAUACUCCUAAUUCCCGCUGCGGCACUUUCUCGCUUGCCUAGCCUCACCUCAGUGCACCUCGGCUUCAACAGAGUUACCGCGUUAUCGAGCGAUAUCCUUCGGGCCGUGUCGGAUGGAAUCAAUUCACUCGUCCUCUCUAGAAACGUAAUUAGAGAAUUGCCCCCAGCGGCUUUCGAUCACUUUAAAAACAUACAGCACUUAGACUUAUCCGGAAAUCUGUUAAACUCGAUUUCAGCGGAAGUAUUCAGCGGAUUGGAAGUCACCCUCGAAUUUUUGUCUCUAAGCCAGAAUAGGAUUUUAGGCUUCACCGGGCAACAGUUGAAAUUUGUGAACUUAUGGUUCUUAGAUAUAUCUGGAAAUCAAAUAUCGGAGGUUCCGGUGGAUGCGUUUGAAUCGAUACCGAGCUUAUCGCAUCUGAAUAUGAGCCACAAUUUGCAUAUGAGUGUCCUUCCUCAAAACGUUUUCAAUCAUAAUGACGCUUUAUUGGUUAUUGAUAUAAGCAAUGUUGGUUUAAAGGCGCUUCCUGUUAAUUUAUUUUCGAAAAAUCAUAAUUUGGAAAGAAUCUACUUAGCUAAUAAUAACUUGCAAGAAAUAUCUGAAGGCUCAUUUAAAAAUCUUAAAAAUUUGACUCAUCUUGAUUUGUCAUAUAAUAAUAUAGUAACGAUAAGACCACCUGCAUUUGUAAACGUUAUGUCUAUCCAAUAUUUAUCAUUGAAAGGAAAUCAACUAAAUGCGUUCAAAGGAGAAUUCUUUAAUACCGGCACAAGUUUAGAAGUUAUCGAUAUUUCAGAUAACCAAUUGAGCUAUCUUUUCCCCUCAUCUUUCAAAAUCCACCCAAGAUUACGAGAAAUCAUACUGACGAAUAACAAGUUUAAUUUCUUCCCCUCCGAACUUAUAAGUACUUUGCAAUAUUUGGAACUUAUUGACUUGUCGGGGAAUGCUUUGAAAAAUGUUGAUGAGUUAGACUUUGCUCGACUUCCGAAGUUGAGAACUAUUUUAUUAGCACGCAAUGAAUUAGAAACUGUUAGUGAAAUGGCUUUCCAUAACUCAAGUCAAAUACAAAACAUAGACCUCUCCUAUAACAGAAUAGAUAGACUAGGUGACCGGCUCUUUGAAGGUCUUAUUAGACUAGAAACAUUGAAUUUGGCGGGCAACCUUUUGUUCGAACUUCCAGACAAUAUUUUCGAUAGAACGAGGGUGCAUAUGUUGGAAUGUAUUUCAUUGAGUCACAAUUUAUUUGAACAAGCUCCUUUAAAGGCUCUACAGAAACAAUAUUUCUUUGUGUCCUCUGUUGACCUUUCAAAUAACAAUAUUGUAGACAUUCCAGCUGAAGAUAGCGUUAUGGUUAAUAUCAAAAAGUUAGAUUUAUCUUUCAAUCCCUUAUCGGAAAAAUCUAUUUUAAGUGUUUUAACUGAGCCAAAGACUGUAAGAGAUCUAAACCUAGCCGGUACAGGCAUGAAAACAAUAAGUCAACUUGAGACUCCAUUUUUAUACCGUCUAAACGUAUCCUAUAAUAACAUAACUAGAUUGACAGAAAAAACAUUUAUGCGAACAACACUGUUAGAAAUGUUAGAUUUAUCUCACAAUCAAAUAACCGAUAUUAAAAACUCAUUAUCAAUUUCCUGGCCUAAACUAAAGAAUUUACUAAUGUUAAAUAUUUCUGAUAACCCUGUUACUGCAGUACUCGAAGGAAACUUUGAUGGUCUAUCAUCAUUGCGUGUUUUAGAUAUAAGACAUUACGAAAAAUGUACAAAAAUAGAGAAAACUUCCUUUAGGGCAUUAUCCAAUUUAGUUGAGCUUCGAGCUUAUGGUUAUCCAAGGCUGGGAUAUUUUGAUGUUCAGGGAGCCCUUCAAUAUUUCUUAGCACUUGAAAAGUUAGAUGUUGAAUUUAAAGAAACAAUGAUUGGCGCUGAUCAACUCCAUUCAACUCUACACCCACGAUUGGAAGAACUUGGUAUUCGUGGGUCGCGACUUAAAACUGUAUCAUCUGGUGUUUUGGCUGGCUUAAAGGCUCCCGCAAUCACUGUUAGAUUCCGUAAUACAUCAAUGAGUAAUCUACCACCUGCUUUGCUUUUCCCGUUACCAAGGUCAUCUCGUAUAACGAUAGACAUCAGUGGUAGUCAGCUAAAUACAAUUCAGCCUCAAUUAUUAGUUGCUCUUGAUGAUCGUCGAGCUGAUUUAUCCAUGUUUGGUCUGAAUACAAAUCCUAUAAAAUGUGAUUGCAAUGCACGCGCUCUUCGGAGAUGGUUGCCCACAGUUGGCAUUGACGAUGUUCGUUGCAACUCCCCUGAUCAUUUAGCUGGCUUUCUUUUAGUUGAAAUAGGAGACGAUGAGCUAUCAUGUGAUACGCGAAAAAGAACAACAGCAACAUCAUCUUCUAGUAGUAGUAUUUCAACAACAUUUCCUCCUCGUUUAGUACAUCGUACAUCGGCAGAGCCGGAUAUAAUUUGGUCUGUUGCGCCGUCUCACGAACGACCUAAAGUAACUGGAGAACCUAAAGGUGCACCUGUUCUUGGAGUAGCUACUUCAACUAACGAUGACAACUUGAUAAUCGGUAUCGUCGGUGGAGUUGUUGCAUUUAUAGCAAUUUUAAUUGUUGCGAUUUGUAUAGUCCGAUUGCGUAUGACAAGUACGUCAUAUCGAGGCGGACCUUUAGCAAACAGUCCAGGGGCCGGUGGUCCCCCCAUGUGGGGACCAGCUUGGCCAGGUUAUGCGGGAACAUUGCCUCCACCAUCAAUAUCAACGGCCACAUUGCCUCAUAAGGUGCAAUCUGGUCCAGGGUCAGUUCGGUAUCUUGCGUCACCGCCUGGUCCUCCCGCACCCUAUUUUAUAAGCUUGCCACCUCAUGAAGAUAAAAUUUAUCGGUAA